AGGAGGAAUAAUCAUCCCCCGGCGACGUGCACUCCGCGCUGGAUUUCAACGCGAGGGCGCCGAUGCACUUUCCAGACCAGGAAAGCUUCGGUCGCCCGCCCCGCCGUCCCAGAAGCGCUGCGCCGGGAGGGAAGGAGGAAGGCGCGACGGCGGCUCGGAAACGGCUUAAGACGCAGCAGCGCGCAGUCACUCGCGAGGCGCGGCAGCGCGAGAGACCCGGGCCCUGAAGGAGCUUAAAAGAGGGCGGCGGACGGGAAAGCGAGGAGGGAGGAGAGGCCAGACCAACCGGCCCGCCAAGCCUGCAAGGAGGAAGCUCGGAGCAGCGCCCUCACACCGCGCCUCCUUGAUGCCACCCACCGGGGCUCGCCAAGCGGGUCUCCGCCGCUCACCGGGGUUCAUGGUGCCUCCUUGCUAGCCCCGUGCCCCUCCCCCUUCUCUCCUCCCCCAAACCCCCUCCCCUGCAAUCCCCAAUGGCUUCGUUCCCCGAGUCGGAUUUCCAGAUCUGCCCGCUGUGCAAAGAGAUGUGCGGCUCGCCGGCUCCGGUCUCGUCCAAUUCGUCCACCUCGUCGUCGUCCUCGCAGACUUCCACCUCGUCUGGAGGAGGGGGUGGUGGCGGAGGCGGCGGGGGGUCUUCGUCCUCCUCCUCGUGCGCCCCGUCGAGGCGCCUGCACGUCCUGCCCUGCCUGCACGCCUUCUGCCGCCAGUGCCUGGAGGCGCAGCGCCACCCUGCCGCGGGGGACUCUCUCAAGCUGCGCUGCCCCAUCUGCGACCAGAAGGUGGUGAUCUCGGAGCCGUCGGGCAUGGACGCGCUGCCCUCGUCCAACUUCCUCCUCAGCAACCUGCUCGACGUGGUCGUCGUGGCGGCCGCCGCCGAGGACCAGAAGAACAACGGGCGCCCUGGCGGACCCGGCGGAGGCGGAGGCGUCGUCGGAGGGAGCAACAGCAGCACCAACAACCGGCACCACCACCACCCUCGACAGCAGUCGGCGCCUCAGCAGCAGCAGCAGCAGCAACAACAACACCGCGCCUCGGCCGGCGGCGGCUCGUCGCCGGGCUCCGUUGCUGGCUCGGCGUCGUCGGGGGGCGGCGGAGGCUCGUCGCUGCUGCUCCGACGGCCGCACAGCCGCCAGGGCGAGCCUCGCUGCAGCUCCUGCGACGAAGGCAAUACCGCCAGCUCGCGCUGCCUCGACUGCCAGGAGCACCUGUGCGACAACUGCGUGCGCGCCCACCAGCGCGUCCGCCUCACCAAGGACCACUUCAUCGAGCGCUUCGGCCCGGGUCCGCCCGCCUCUACCGGCGCCGGGUCCGCCUCGGCGGCCGCGCAGCUCGCCCUCAGCCAGCCCUACUCCGCCGCGCCUUACACCAUCCUCUCCUCCGUUUUCUCGGACCGGGUCAACUACUGCCAGCACCACGACGACGAGGUGCUGCAUUUCUACUGUGACACCUGCUCUGUCCCCAUCUGCCGGGAGUGCAGCAUGGGGCGCCAUGUGGGCCACAGUCUAAUCUACCUCCAAGAUGCUCUGCAGGACUCCAGAACUCUUACCAUCCAGCUACUAGCCGAUGCUCAGCAGGGCCGCCAGGCCAUUCAGCUCAGCAUUGAGCAGGCCCAAGCUGUAGCAGAACAAGUUGAGAUGAAGGCAAAAAUGGUACAAUCUGAAGUGAAAGCGGUGACAUCUAGACACAAGAAGGCCCUAGAAGAAAGGGAGUGUGAGCUGCUAUGGAAGGUGGAGAAAAUCCGCCAAGUGAAAGCCAAGUCCCUCUACCUGCAGGUUGAGAAACUGCGCCAGAAUCUAAACAAGUUGGACAACACCAUCAGCGCAGUGCAGCAGGUGCUUGAGGAAGGUCGGAGCAUUGAUAUCCUCCUGGCUCGCGACCGGAUGCUCGCUCAGGUGCAGGAGCUGAAGAACGUCCGAGGCUUCCUGCAGCCCCAAGAGGACGACAGGGUCAUGUUCACUCCUCCUGACCAGGCAUUGUAUAUGGCCAUCAAGUCUAUGGGGUUUGUCAGCAGCGGGGCCUUCGCUCCUCUGACCAAAGCCACUGGGGAAGGUCUCAAGCGUGCGCUGCAGGGCAAAGUGGCCUCUUUCACAGUGAUAGGCUAUGACCACGACGGGGAGACUCGUCUUUCUGGGGGAGACAUGAUCUCUGCCGUGGUCAUGGGGCCCGAUGGAAAUCUCUUUGGGGCAGAUAUUAGCGACCAGCAGAACGGAACCUAUAUCGUCAAUUACAGGCCGCAGAUGGAAGGGGAGCACCUGAUUUCGGUCAUGAUGUGCAACCAGCACAUAGAAAACAGCCCGUUCAAAGUCACCGUCAAGUCAGGGCGCAGCUAUGUUGGCAUUGGGCUCCCGGGGCUCUGUUUCGCCAGCGAGGGGGAUAGCGAGGGCAAGCUGUGCCGCCCCUGGGGCGUCAGCGUAGAUAAGGAAGGCUACAUCAUCGUCGCCGACCGCAGCAACAACCGCAUCCAGGUCUUUAAGCCUUGCGGCGCCUUCCACCACAAGUUUGGCACCUUGGGCUCCAGGCCCGGCCAGUUCGACAGGCCUGCCGGCGUGGCCUCCGACUCCUCGCGGCGGAUUGUCGUGGCCGACAAGGACAAUCAUCGCAUCCAGAUAUUCACCUUCGACGGCCAGUUCAUUCUGAAGUUCGGGGAGAAAGGAACCAAGAACGGGCAGUUCAAUUACCCGUGGGAUGUGGCGGUGAACUCCGAGGGCAAAAUCCUGGUGUCCGACACAAGGAACCAUCGGGUUCAGCUCUUUGGGCCAGACGGAGUGUUCCUGAACAAGUACGGUUUUGAAGGGGCACUCUGGAAGCACUUUGAUUCCCCGAGAGGAGUGACGUUCAAUCACGAAGGCCACCUGGUUGUGACGGAUUUCAACAAUCACCGUCUCCUGGUCAUACACCCCGACUGUCAGUCGGCCCGCUUCCUUGGAUCCGAAGGCACAAGCAAUGGCCAGUUUCUGCGCCCACAAGGUGUGGCUGUGGACCAGGAAGGCCGAAUCAUUGUGGCAGAUUCCAGGAACCACCGCGUGCAGAUAUUUGAGCCGAAUGGCAGCUUUUUAUGCAAAUUUGGCACUCAGGGAAGUGGCUUUGGUCAGAUGGACCGUCCUUCAGGUAUAACAGUCACCCCAGAUGGCAUGAUUGUUGUGGUUGACUUUGGAAACAAUCGCAUACUCGUCUUCUGAUCUGUCUCUAAUCUAUACUUAAGAAGAAAACUGUCUCAGGGAAAAUCCUUUUAAGAAAACACACACACACACACACACACACACACACACACAAAUUGCAACGUUAGUUUCAAACCUACCUCAUCUUUAAUUUUUUUUUUAUAGAUGAAUGUACUUUUAUCUACCUCAUUAUAUUUGUGUUCCUUUUACCUCCACAGUAUACACAGUGCAGCAUAAAAGUAAACUACUACUACUCUCUCCCCCCCGGAUGUGGGGACGUUCAUGGUUUUGUGCACGCUAGCUGGUUUGGGCAGCAAAUCCUGUAGACUCUGCCAAAAAGGCGCACACUCUCAUCUUUAAAAAGAAGAAAG